AUGAGCGCUAGAUAUUUAGAACGUUUGGCCACCAUUGAAAAAGUUUUACUUAUAGAAAAUAAAGUUAUUGACAUGAAUUUGUUACGACAGGGAUGUUUAUAUGGGAUUCCCGAACCUUUACGUCCUCUUGCAUGGAGACUGUUGCUCAACUACUUGCCAUCUGAGAGGAGUGUUUGGAAAGAGUUUUUAACGUUACAAAGAGAUAAUUAUGACUCGUUAGUCGAUCAGAUGAUUGUUCAACCUGGAGCCGUAGCACCUAAAGAUGAUCAUCCUCUUUCAGAGAAUACAGGAAGUACCUGGGCUGAUUUUUUUGAAGACAACCUUAUUUUAUCACAAAUCGACAAGGACGUUAGAAGACUGAGGCCCGAAAUUCAAUUUUUCCAACUGAGAACUAAAUACCCUCAUAAGUCCUCGUAUGAGUAUAGCUUAUCCUCGCGUGUUGCACGAGUAGAUUUAGAGAGUCAGGAAUGCGAUCCAUCAAAGAACAAAACAGCAAAAAGAAAAUCUAGUCUGACGGAUCAGGAUAGUUGUGAGACUCAUUGGCAGGUCCUGGAAAGGAUUCUCUUCAUAUACGCCAAAUUGAACCCUGGAGUUAAAUAUGUACAGGGGAUGAACGAAGUGCUAGGGCCAAUUUAUUACUGCUUAGCAUCAGAUUCAGACCAGGAAUGGGCCGAAUUUGCUGAGCCUGAUGCAUUUUUCUGCUUCCAACAACUGAUGAGUGAGAUAAAAGAUGUUUUCAUAAAGACACUUGAUAACAGUAGCUGUGGUAUAGAAUCGUCUAUGCUCGAAUUUCAUGAUUUAGUCUCUUCUUUUGAUCCUCCUCUUUACAAACAUUUAGUACAGGAUCUAUCUAUCAAACCUCAAUUUUACGCGUUUCGUUGGAUUUCCUUACUUUUAAGCCAAGAGUUCUCUCUUCCUGAUGUAAUUACUAUAUGGGAUAGUCUUUUAUCGGAUCCAAAAAGGUUCUCUCUUCUUCAUUAUGUUUGUUUAGCGAUGUUAGAGCAUAAGCGAUUAGAUCUCCUGAAUGCAGACUUUGCUGAAUCUCUUAAAUUACUACAAGAUUAUCCUGACUCCGAUGUAUCUAAACUCGUUAUAAUGGCUGUAGGUAUUCGAGAUGGAACAGUACCAUCCGUACGUUCUAAUGGAGAAAAAAGUAGAUUUGCUAAACAUACGAGGUCGUUAUCAGAUAAGAUCAAAGAUUUUGGUUUCUCACUUCGCAGAUGA